AUGCUAUCUAUAGGCGAGAGGACCAUCAAGUGGAUCAAGGGUGCUUUAAUUGGCGCUGGAUCCUUUGGCAAGGUCUAUCUCGGAAUGGACGCCUCAACUGGUCUUCUAAUGGCAGUCAAGCAAGUGGAGCUACCAACAGGUUCUGCCCCAAACGAGGAGCGGAAGAAGAGCAUGCUCAGUGCCCUUGAGCAUGAGAUUGAGCUCUUGCAGGAGUUGCAGCAUGAAAAUAUUGUCCAGUACCUAUCGUCCUGCAUUGAUGACGACCAUCUUAACAUCUUCCUGGAGUACGUUCCAGGAGGAUCUGUCACAUCCCUCCUGCGGAAUUAUGGCGCUUUCGAGGAGCCUCUUGUGCGGAAUUGGGUCCGACAGAUAUUACUCGGCUUGAACUACCUUCACGAACGGGAUAUCAUUCAUCGUGAUAUCAAGGGCGCAAACAUGCUUGUGGACAACAAGGGCGGUAUCAAGAUCUCUGACUUUGGCAUCUCCAAGAAGGUCGAGGACAGUCAUCGGGCCCACCGACCGUCGCUUCAAGGAUCAGUGUUCUGGAUGGCGCCUGAGGUUGUGAAGCAGACCGCUUACACACAAAAGGCCGACAUUUGGAGUGUUGGUUGUCUUGUCGUUGAGAUGCUGACGGGUGAGCACCCUUGGGCGCAGCUGACUCAGAUGCAAGCCAUAUUCAAAAUUGGCAUGUCGUCAAAACCCGCAAUCCCAGCGGACAUCUCACCAGAAGCAGAAGACUUCUUACAGCUUACAUUCGAACUAAAUCAUGAGAAACGGCCUUCAGCGACUGAGCUUCUCAAACACCCUUGGGUAGCAAGUCAAGCCCUGCCGCUCGGUCACUAG